UUAUUGCUUAAAGACAAUGUAUCGCCGUCCAUCUGACCAUGUCCCGGCCAAUUUAACCAAUACAACUGCAUUAAGUUCAACUACAACAAUGCUUGGUGGAGCUGUUGCCUCAUCACAACGCCGAUUUGCUGGACACAAAAUAUCUAAAGUUCGUUUCCUCGCUGAUCAGGCAGAGUUUACUGGUCGUUUGGUUACUGGCUCGUGGUGUUCAAUUGGUCAACAAGACGGAUAUUUAACUCUUUGGAAUGUAAAUAGAAAUGAGGGAAUUAAAAAUGACAAAAGUUUUGCUUGUAAAGAAAGAAUUUCUGUUGGAAAUGGGGUUGAUGUUAAUGAUAUUUUGGUUGUAAAUUCACAACAAUUUUUGGCUUCAAUGAGUAAUGGGGAGGUUAGAAUAAUUAAUUGUGCAUCAAAUGAAGGGAAUGGAGAUGAGAAUACUGACAGUGAAAUUGGUGAACAACAAGUAAAUGACCAAAAUAAAGAGGAGUUAAUGACAACUGUGGCUGCUUAUAAAAAUGUUCAUAAACAAGCAUCUUCAAAGACUAUUUGCCUAAUGGACAACGAUAUAUUUUCUGGCUCGGAAACUGGUCAAAUUGUUCGAAUUCAACCAGCAAGUCGUUCAACUCAUGCAGUCCGUCCUUUUGCUGAUGAUUUAAUGGGUGUUACUCAUUUACGUACAUGUGACAAUUUUUUAAUGCUUAGCGCUCAUUCAACAGGGCAGAUUCACUUAUGGGAUGUAAGAAAAAGACCUCAAAGUCCAGACUUUGGUAUUGAGCCUUUAAAUUCUCGUCCAGUGACUGGAUUAAACAAUUCUAUUACUGCUAUUGCUACGCAUCCAACUCAAUUACACGUGGUUGGUAUUGGAACUCAUGAUGGUGUUGUCUCUUUUAUUGACCUUCGCCAAAAUAACGAACCUCUUCCUAUUGCAUUUAGGGUUUCACAGGAACCAGUGACUGAGAUUAAAUUUCAUCCAUUAUAUGCAAAUAAUUGUUUUUCACUUUCUGAGUCUUCUUUAAUUCAUUGGGAUGGAACUGUGCUUUCUCGUGAAAUUAAUAAAACAAUUUAUUCUUCACCAAAUAAUGGAGGUGGUGAUCAAUUGUUAGAUUCUGAAUUAUUGGUAAUGGAAAUGGAUGAAGAGGAUGAAAGGCGAAAUAUUUGGCUUUCUGCCCGGGCAUCAACAAAUAUGCAAUUACGUGUUUUAAUUGAAGGUGAGCCAAAAUUGUUAUCCACUUUUGAUAUUGUUGAGGGUGCUUUAGUAGGCGGUUCUCACACUGCUGAAUUAAUUCUUUUGAAGGGAAUACAUUUUGUUAAUUAA